AUGGCUUCUCAUCUCUACUUUGGAAACGAAGGAGAAACCAUUCCAGAAGAUGUGAAAGAAUUAGAGGUUCAUCCUCUCGUUCGACAGAUUCCAAAUGAAGCUUGCGGCAUGUUUGAAAAACUCACACGCGUCAAUUUCAAUGGUUCCGCUCUAUCAACAAUUGGAGAGUUAGCUUUCUAUGAAUGUAAAAGUCUGCUGGAAAUCGAAAUUCUUCCAACUGUGACGAUUAUUGGAGAAUCGGCCUUUAGUGGUUGCCAGUCAUUGACGAAAGUUCGUUUUCAUGAAGAUGGUUUAUUGACUACCAUUGGAAAGUCUGCCUUUUACGAGUGCUCGUCUUUGACAGAAGUCAGCAUUCCCUCCAGUGUGGAGAGAAUUGGAGGGCAUGUCUUUUGUGAGUGCGAAUCAUUGACCAACGUUUCUUUUCAUAAAGAUGGUUUAUUGGCUACCAUUGGAGGGUUUGCUUUUGCCGAUUGUUUGUCACUGGCCGAAGUCAGCAUUCCCUCCCGUGUGGAGAUAAUUGGAGAGUACGCCUUUAGUGGUUGCCAGUCAUUGACGAAAGUUUCGUUUCAGAAAGAUGGUUUAUUGGCUACCAUUGGAGAUUCAGCCUUUUACAAUUGCUCGUCCUUGCAGGAAGUGAAUUUCGCGGAAGGAAAUUUGAAGUUCAUUGGAGAAACUGCCUUCAAGGAAUGUGUCAACUUGCGAACAAUCAACAUUCCUUCCACUGUUAAGUACAUUGAUUCAUAUACAUUCAGUGACUGCAAUUCUUUGCUGGUACUGAAGUUUCAGAAUGGUCUCGAAUACUUGGGACACGGUGUUUUUAGCAGCUGCAAGAAUUUGCAAGCCGUUGCACUACCAGACUCAUUAGAAGAGAUUGGUGACUCUGCUUUUGAGCAUUGUUUGAGUUUGCUAUCCGUGGAAUUGGGGGAUAGGCCUAGAACUGUGACGAUUGCUGAUGGGGCCUUUACGGAAUGCAAGAGUUUAGUAAACAUUUGUCUUCCUCCCUCCGCAUCGUCAACGACCACAACAAGUACAGGAGCAAUUGGCUACACCAGCUUUGAUGGCUGCACAAUGCUGGAAGAUCAGUAUGGCUGGGACACGAACAUCCCUCCUGCUCUGAUGAGUCGUUUUGAGAACUUUCCCAUACACAAGAAGUGUUACCACGCCUCUGUUACAACAACAGAUGAGCUGGCUCAGGAGAUUGAGUCAUCAAUGCAUUCAAACCAAGAAGGCAGCAACCAUUUGGUCGACCCUUUUGGUUUGACACCCUUUCACGUUCUGUUGUCGGCUGCAACCUGCAGACUGGAUCUUUUGCAGGUCCUACUAGAUGCGUAUCCACCGCAUGCCCUUGGAUGGAGAGACGUGAAGGGAAAGACUGCCGUUGAAUACUUGACACAACGAAGCUUUCAUCUGGAUGAAGAUUCACGAAACAUGCUUCGAAUGGCUAUUCAAGGAUGGAUGGUGGGUAGUAUGUCGAGUUGGAAUGGAUUGGAAGCUUGGAAAUCGGACAUGUCCAAUAGAGCGAAUGCGAUUGUGGCUGAGGACGACGUGGAACAUCGGCAAUUUUUGCUUCGAGAGGCAGCGAUGGCUCUGUCGAGGUACGAACAGAUGGAAGCCACAACGCUGUUGGAGCUGUCUUUGUGGAAAUCGGAGAUGAAAUUUGCUGCUUUUGCUUCGGCAGACGAUACAGAAAGAACGACAGUCAACAUAAAUGACCGAGAAGCACACCGGAUCCGUAGUGGUGCUUCAGUCGUCGUGCCGAAUGUGAUUGCAUUCUGUUAUGAAGCUAAUCUGAUAUAA